GCUGGCAAGAACGCGUUCCUGGCGGAGUCGACUCGGCGAAGAAUCGUUCCAGCGCCGAGUCAACUCAACAUAAGGACGACUCCAGAUCUCGAGUCCCGCGCAACGAAUCCCACACAUCAACGAUGCGGGCAAAAUCGUCGGCGCCGCCGCCGCCUUCCGGCUACGGCGCCGCCGCGACCACCACCGCCGCCGACCACCACCGCCGCCGCCACCGCGAGGCCGACCUCCCAGACCCCCUUCGCCACCCUCUCCUACACCCCUCCGUCGGCGGCGCCCGCGCCGCCGCGUCCUCCUUCCUCGCCACCCGCCGCCCCUGGCGCGAGUUCCUCGACGUCACCGCCCUCUCCCUCCCCCACGGCUACGCCGACGCCACCGCCCGCAUCCGCCGCAACUGCGACCACUUCCGCGUCAACUACGCCAUGGUCGCCCUCGGCAUCCUCUUCCUGAGCCUCCUGUGGCACCCGGUCUCGAUGAUCGUCUUCAUCGCCGUCUUCGUCGGCUGGUACUUCCUCUACUUCGCCCGCGACAGCCCGCUGGUGGUCUUCGGUCGGACCAUCGACGAUAGGAUCGUGAUGGCGGCGCUCGGCCUGGUGACCGUCGUCGCUCUGGUGCUGACCGACGUGGGGCUGAACGUGCUGGUCGCGCUGUUGAUCGCGGUUUUCCUCCUAGGGCUGCAUUCCGCGUUCCGGAAUCCGGACAACUUGUAUGUGGAUGAAGAGACCGCGGCCGAGGGCGGUUUGGUGUCGGUUGUCGGCGGUCAGCCGAUGAGAGCCACGGCCUAUACCCGGAUUUGAGGGCUCUGAGGGUGUCUUGUAAUCAUUUUGAUUGCGUUGAGAGAUUGUGGAGGAUUUUUUUCCGAAACGGUGCUUGUUCGUUCGCUUGGUGUAAUGUAUGAUGCAGUGUUUUUGAUUCAGCAGCUCGAGAUGCAAUUCUUGAAUUUUUGAUGGAAUCUGGAUCAAUGUGAGCCUUUGAUAGAAUUCAUGGUGACUGUCGCAUUGAGAUUUGGCUUCGUGUUGCUCGGUUUUUGAAAAUGGCUGAGGAAACUCCUUGGAUCUUUCGAUGCGGUCUUCUGGUUCCCGGACAGCAAACAAAGGCAAGAGUGGUUCUGCUGUGUUCAGGAGAGUGUGUUCUUGGAAAGAUCGAACCUGUGGUAGUACUCGUGUUCGUUCGCAGCAGAGAACCUCAUGGUAUGCUUGUCGUCCGUUUUGUAGCCGAAAAGACACUGAGGGAAUGAUAAUUUUGUGGUGUUGUCCAAUUGAACUGGGAAGACCUUUUCUUUGAUUUACUCAGGAAAACUGUAGAUGCUAUUUCAAUGGAUUCCGGUCGUUCUUGUUCGUCC